AUGGACGUCGCUGGCAACAUCUCCAGCCAAGUGCUGCCCGACGUCGCCUCCAAUACCACAACGUCAGUCCUACUCGCAGCCAACGAAACCGCACCGAUGACAUGGCCAGCUCGACUCCUCGCUGCUGCUGGCUCGCUGAUACCAUGGCCAUUCAAAUAUCUCCGACCGUCGUCUUUCUCGUUCACUGCCACAGUCACCUUGAACUACUGGACGCUGCUCAUCUUCGCCGUGCUCCUCGGUCUCAUCGGCUACCUCAUCUUGCGCUACCGUGUUCUCACGAUAUACUCGAGACUGCCAGCCGUCGAGACAAACACAAACAAAGCUGGGUCCGUUCCGUUCGACUUGCAUCCGGAUACCGCGUUCCACGAUGACCCAGCCGGUGGGAACUAUCCCGACGAGCUCAUGGGGGCGUUCUUGUCCUCCAUCAAAAUCUUUGGCUACCUGGAGAGAGCGGUCUUUCACGAGCUUGCCAGACAUCUGCGAACGAGAAAGCUGAAAGCCGGAGAGAUCCUGUUUCGUCACGACGAUGACGUGCGCGACUUCUUCGUCGUCGUUGAUGGGGCUAUACAGGUCUUCGUCAAAGGAGCGGACACGAAGGAUGACGAACUGACGCAUCAGGACCCGGAAGAUGACGAGGACUUUGAGUCGGUCGGGCGUGACUGGUCUGGGCAUCAUCUUUUGAACGUCGUCAAAGCUGGAGGGACCGUUUCCAGUCUUUUCAACAUCCUUUCCGUCUUCACGGACAAGGUGGAUAGUCCAGCUGAACGGAGCUCUACGCGGCAAUCCCACCCCACCAAUCUGAAGGAUCAGAUCAAUCCAAGCUCGCAGGACGUGUUUCCUGGUCUUCGAAGUAACGAGUCUCCCAAAAUGAGAGGCGCGUCGGCUUCCCCCCACCUUCAGGCCAAUUUGUCGCCGCUUCAGCGCGCACAGGGAAGUUUACGGGAAUCUCCCGGACUCAAAGCAUUCAAGCUGGACAGCACACACGUUCCCGACGAUGGGUUCAGUCUGAACCGGCCAGAAGAGGCCCAGCAUUAUUUCGACCCACAUGCUGCCCGUGACGCUGCGGAUGGGAAACGAGGCAACACGAAUUUACCACAGAUCGUCACGACAGAAUGCCGGACUCCUCGACACCUUCAAGCAAAUAUCGCCGCGCGUGCCGCUCGUGACACAACACUUGCUGUGAUUCCCGCUCACGCAUUCCAACAUCUUACCGAAAAGUUCCCAAAAGCAGCUGCACAUAUGGUGCAGGUCAUUUUGACGCGUUUCCAGCGUGUCACCUUCAUGACGCUGUAUCGGUACUUGGGGCUAUCGAAAGAGCUUCUGAAGAUAGAGAAGCGCGUGAACGAGAUUGCUGGCUCUGGUCUGCCAGAGAGUCUGUUCAGCUUGGCGGACUUUCAACGAUUGCGUGAGAGGGCAGACGCGAUCCGACGAACUUCAGAGCCAUCGUACUCGGAUGCAGGGACGCGCCCGAACGUUGCACAGAGACGAGGUAGCCGAAAGACGCCGGAGCGGGUCAAGAUUCCAUCGCGUUUGAGAAGGUCAUCAAACCCGAAAGCAGGACUCACGGACGAUUAUGAGGGGGACGUGGAAGACUCCGAUCGGGAAAGGAAACCAUAUACGGCAUCACCGACAUCGCCAAUCCCGAACUCGCCAAACAAGGAAGAAAAGAGCUUUGGUCACCUUCUGACCCACGAAGGCGAAGACGCUGAUAUGAAAGAGGCCAUUUUUGCUUGCAUUGCAGAGAUUAUUGGGAUGCUACCUUACGAAAGCAGCCCGAGCAAUGCAUCGGCUACCGCUUCUCCCAUGGCUGCAGGUUAUCGCUCUUCUUCAAGCACUCUAGGAGGCUAUCUAUCACGGAACCGUCAUUUCACAGACCAGCAACGCCCAUCCCCUGGUAGCUCUACCAACGAUUUCGACGACACAGCUUCAACGUCUUCAAGAAUGUCCGUCGCAUCUAACGCGAGCGAUCCAGGAAGUUCCGACGUGCAUAUCCUGUUCUACGAACGAGGCACGACGCUGAUCAAAGAAGGAGAGCGGAACGCGGGGUUGUACUUUGUCAUUGAUGGAACGCUGGAGGCGUCGGUCAUGUCGUCCAUUGAUCCGGCAAGAAAUGCGGGGCAGAGUGAGAGGUUUCCUGGGGAUGAGUCGGUGGGUGCGGAUCAUCGGUCGCAUCCGCGUAGCUUGUUUUUGAUUAAGCCGGGAGGAUUGGCUGGAUACCUUGCUGCAGUGACAGGAUACAUAUCGUUUGUCAGCAUCCGCGCCAAGACCGAUGUGUAUGUUGGAUUCUUGCCAAAACCGGUCCUGGAACGCUACAUCGACAGACAUCCGAACGUGCUCCUAUCUCUCGCAAAGCGGCUGAUUUCGCAACUGUCACCACUAGUGUUCCACAUCGAUGCCGCAUUGGGUUGGGAUCAAGUGAACGCCGGUCAUAUUCUGUGCAGAGAAGGCGAGCCUGCGGACUCCAUCUACAUUGUGCUGAAUGGGCGUUUGCGAAGUAUAGUCGAGCGAACAAAGGAGGGGAAAGGCGAACAGGCCUCGUUCGAGAUCCUUGCGGAAUAUGGCCAAGGCGAGUCUGUAGGAGAGAUGGAAGUCUUGACCGACGGAAGACGACCGGCCACCGUCCACGCUAUCCGUGACACGGAAAUCGCGGUGAUGCCGAACACGUUCUUCAACGCCUUGGCCCUGCGUCACCCGGAAAUCACCAUCGCCAUCUCGCGUCUAAUAGCAUCUCGGUCCCGCAGCUCGUUAAUCCAUGACCGAUCAUACCGCGGUUCGGAUGGAAUAUCACGCCCAAUCAGCAAAAAGAAUCCGGUGAACGUCAACAUGCGCACUGUCGCCAUCUUGCCAGUAAACGGUCUGGUGCCCAUCACCGACUUUGCGAGAGAGCUGCAAACCGCCAUGGACCACGUUGGGGCUACCGUCACUGUCCUGAACACGGGCAGCGUUAUGACAGCAUUAGGCAAGCACGCCUUCACGCGAAUCGGCAGGUUAAAGUUGACCAGCUGGCUAGCGGACCAGGAGGAAAGCCAUCGCAUGGUCAUCUACGUCGCUGACGGCGCAGCCAACUCGCCAUGGACGCAGCGGUGCGUCCGACAAGCCGAUUGCGUCCUCCUCGUCGGCAUCGGCGACGACGAUCCGGAGAUUGGAGACCACGAACGCGUCUUGAUUGGGAUGAAGACCACCGCGCGCAAGGAGCUUGUCUUGGUGCACAGCGCCCGGUUCUGUCGGACAGGCAGCACAGCUCAGUGGCUGAAGAGCCGGUCAUGGGUGCAUGCGCACCACCACGUCCAAAUGCAACUCAACGCCCCGCGACUGCUCGCCGAAUCAGCGAGAACCAACACCGUGUCCAAUAUCCGCGGCCACUUCCAGAGCAUAAACCAGUUGAACGUACCCCAUCUCGACACGCAAUCUUCAACCCUGCAUCUGCAUACGGGCAUCCGCUCCGAUUUCGCGCGGUUGGCUCGUCGCCUACUGUCCAAAUCCGUCGGGCUUGUCCUGGGCGGCGGCGGCGCGCGCGGUAUCUCGCACAUUGGCGUCAUCCGCGCACUCGAGGAGGCGGGGAUACCCGUGGACAUGGUUGGAGGAACUAGUAUAGGCAGUUUUGUGGGCGGUUUGUAUGCGCGUGAGAAUGAUCAUGUGAGUGUGUAUGGACGGGCGAAGAUGUUUGCCGGGAGGAUGGUUUCGAAGUGGAGGCAGGUGCUGGAUUUGACGUACCCGGUCACAGCUAUGUUUACGGGGCAUGAGUUUAAUCGUGCUGUGUGGAAGUGCUUCGCAAACACCCAAAUCGAAGACUGCUGGCUCCCCUAUUUUGCCGUAACAACUAACAUCACCUGGUCCCGCAUGGAAAUCCACCAGACGGGCUACAUGUGGCGCUACGUCCGCGCCUCCAUGUCCCUCUCCGGCUAUUUCCCCCCACUCUGCGACAACGGCAACAUGCUCCUCGACGGCGGAUACAUCAACAACCUGCCGGCAGACAUCAUGCGCAACCACGGCGCGGAAACCAUCAUUGCCGUGGAUGUCGGGUCCGUGGACGACACCAGCCCCGUCAUGUACGGCGACUCGCUGUCUGGGUGGUGGGCCCUCGCGCAGCGCUAUGUGCCCGUGUUUGGCGGCUAUGUGACGCGGAAAUACGGGAAUAUCCCGCUGAUGGCCGAUAUCCAGUCCCGCUUAACAUAUGUGUCGAGCGUCAAGCAACUGGAAGACGCCAAGCAGCUGGAAGGAUGCUAUUACCUUAACCCGCCGGUGCAAAAGUACGGGACGCUCCAGUUUGGAUCGUUUACGGAGAUCUUCCAGGUGGGGUAUAAGUAUGGGAAGGAGCAGGUGGCGAAGUGGCAGAUGGACGGGACGUUGAGGAAACGGUUUGGCGUGCCGGAGGAGGAGACGGCUGCGUGGGGACGGCAUGGGAGGCGGGCGUCUAUUUGA